AUGGGGGUAUGUACCGGGCGGUGGCCGUUCUCGAGCGACGACGUGUUGUAUCCGUCGAUGAUCUCUGCACUGCUGCGUGUUGUGUGCGUGGUGCCGUUGGCCGUGCUAUGCCAUGUCCUGCUGGUGGCGCCGUCGGCGACGACGCGAGCCAUGCGGACGCACUGCACGUCGUCGGGUGCUGGUGGGCGUUCGGUGACACCGUGGGAGCUGCUGGAAGCGUGGAUAGUGGCAUCGCUGGCGCUGUUUGCAAUCUCGAUGGCCUUAUCGUUGUUUGCCGCGAGGCUGGCAUGCAAGGGCUCUGUGCUCGAUCCACACAAUGCGCGGGGAGCCGUCCCGCCCGUCUUGGUCAUGAAGGCCGGCGUGUUUGUGCUGGAGAUGGGAUCGGCGGGCAUUGGCUCGUUUCUUGUGUGGGGCACGCGUGUGUUGCAGUGUGAGCAGAUCAAGCCGUCGCUGGUGGCGCAGCUCCAGGGAACGAUGGUACUGCUCUGGGUUGUGCUACUCCUCUCACUCUGCUUUACCUCGUGCGUGUACGUGUCGAUGGGCGGGCGGAGAGCAGGCGGGCUGAGUGUAGACUCGUACCGCAAGCGGUGGGAGCGGCGGCUCAAGUGCAUGGCAUGCAUUGCGCGCGGAAAGGAGGGCUACGAGCCGGAUCUCUACGGCACGUCGUCCCUUGUCCUGCUCAAGCUUUUCUCGGGCGGCGAUCAUGACGUGGUGCCGUCUGAUGUGGCUGCCGGGCUGGUCGCGCUGGCGCGGGACCAGCGGUCGAACGGGAUUGACGUGUUGACGUCGAAUCCGGCGUACCUCGCCAAUGAUGCGGAUGCGCUCAACGGCCCGCCGCCCGAGGCCGAGCUCUCGCUUGAGGCUGCGGCGUACUUUGGGCGGUACUCGAACGCGAGCUACGGGUGGCCGCUGUACACGCUCGAGCGGAUGACCAAGUGCUGUGGGUGCUGCCACGGGCCGUUCUGCCAGUGUGCGUGCAUGUGCUCGGGGCGCCGCGAGGCGAAACAGUUUGCGCAUGGCGUGGAAGGCGACAACUGCUGUGGGUACAACAUCGGGGCGCUACAUGCGAGCCUCCCACCUUUGAUUGCGGCAUCUGCGGAGCUGCUGCACGCCAACUACCGCAACGCGGUCUUUCAGCCGGCGUACUUUGUGGCGGUGGACAGGGCGCGGUCAACGGUGGUCAUUGCCAUCCGCGGCACGCUCUCGAUGGAGGACACACUCACGGACGCGGUGGCGAGCGCGGUGGCUGUGCCGGAAGCGUUUGCGCCGCCGGUUCCGGGCCUGGCGCAUGACGGCAUACUGCGUGCAGCGGCGUGGGUGUACUCGGACGUGAUGGAGCAUGUGGCCGGGCUGGGAGAUACCAUCCGUGCCGCGCUGGCCGAGUUUGGCGAGGUUGGCUCGAUGGUGGUUGUUGGGCACUCGCUCGGCGCCGGGACUGCGGCGCUUCUCACGCUCCGGAUGCGGGCGGAGUUUGGGGCGCGGGUGCGAUGCUUUGCGUACGCGUGUCCGGCGGUGAUGACGCUGGAGCUCGCGCGGGCGUGCGCGCCAUUUACCGUCACUGCGCUCCGCGGGUACGACCUUGUGCCGCGGCUUUCCGUGCGAAACACCUUUGAGCUGCGCGAGAAUGUGAUGCAUGCGCUCCGGCGGGAGACGGCGAACAAGCACGCACUGCUGUGCGGAUGUGCGCCGCUGUCGUCGUCGAUGCGCGAGGGUGUGGCGCGGCCAGGGCUGGUCAACGAGAGCGAGGCACUGCUCUCGGUGCGGCCGAUGCAGCGACCGGUACCGAUUGUGCGGCCGAGAGCCGCGGCGGCUACGCUCCUACCUGGCAUGGACGACGCCGACCUGGAGGGCCUUGGCAGCGCGCUGUACCCACCCGGACGUGUGUUACAAGUCCUGGCCGCUGCGAACAAGGGCGAGUACGAUUACGGGUACGUCGACCCGGCGGCGCUGGACAAGGUGCUUGCGGGCAAGACGAUGUUCCUUGACCAUAUGCCGUGGAAGCUCUUUGACGCGCUCGACACCCUCACAUGA